GCAAACAGCUAAAUGUAGGAAAGUGUUUUUGCUCUAUCGCGUGGCUUUAAAGACUUCAUCAUCUGGCGUUUUUAAAUUCUCCAUUAAAAUACAUCCCUAUUACCACCCACCAACCAAACCCUAAUUUCCACUUCUUCCCCCUCAGCUAUAUCUAAUACAUACAAACCCUAAUCAUGUCAUCUCAUUUCUUGGUUUGUUCUUCCUUUUAGUUUAUUCUUUUACCCAAAAACAGAAUUCAACAAAUGAACGCGUCUCCAAAUCCCAGCUCUAGCGGUGGCAGCGGUGGCGGUCCUGUAAGUGGCAGUGGGAAUAGUAGUAACAGUGGCGGUGGUGGUAACAGCGGCGGAGGACCAUGCGGCGCGUGCAAAUUCUUGAGAAGAAAGUGUGUUCCCGGGUGUAUAUUUGCUCCUUAUUUUGACUCGGAACAAGGCGCAGCUCAUUUCGCAGCGGUACAUAAGGUUUUUGGCGCAAGCAACGUUUCGAAACUUCUGUUACAUAUUCCGGUUCAUAAACGCCUUGAUGCGGUGGUUACCAUCUGCUAUGAAGCUCAAGCUCGCCUGAGAGAUCCAGUUUACGGCUGCGUUGCUCACAUCUUUGCUCUUCAACAACAGGUAGUGAAUUUACAAGCAGAGCUCACAUACUUACAAGCCCACCUAGCAACACUAGAGCUUCCAUCACCACCACCUCCACCGCCGCCGCCGCCGCAAACAAUAGUGCCAUCUCCUCCUCUCUCAAUAUCUGACCUCCCGUCAGCCUCUUCCGUACCGGCCACUUAUGAUUUAUCGUCACUUUUUGAUCCAAUGACACAAUCUUCAUGGGCCAUGCAGCAGAGGCAAACGGAUCCACGUCAAUUUUGCGGAGGCAACAGUGGCUCUUCUUUAGCAAUCACCGGUGGCGGCAGCGGCGGUGGUGGUGGAGAUCUCCAGUCGCUGGCACGUGAACUCCUCCAUAGGCAUGGAUCUCCGCCUCCAUCUAUUUCUAAAUGAGACACUGACAUUAUUUUUAAUUAACACAGGUUCUUGCCGCAGAAUUUGUACUAAUUGGAUAUGCUUAGAGCAAAAGAGCUUAAUUUUCAUGCAAUUUUAUUACUGGGCAAGUAGUUUGAUAUUUGGUCAGUGUUAAUAUAUACAUAGUAGUAAUUUUUUUAUCUGUUUUUUUCGUUGUAUUAAUAAUUUUCUCUAAGUUUUUGCA